GUCUCUAACGGUGCCUGCAGGAUACCAGGCGCCCUCCUGUAGUAUUUAGCCUUGCCUGGACAUGCGGGGCUCUGUCUGGGUCGACUCCACUUCCCUAGCUGUUCGUGGAACCACAUGAACAAACCAAACCUCAAGGCAACUCAAGAAGUUGCCUUGCCUUCAAACCCAUCGGGAUCUGCCCCAUCAGGGCAGGUUCCUCAAUCUGAAAUGGGUGCUUCAGGAACACAGGAGGUUCCAUUGCACUCUUAUGUAGAGGCUAACAACAUUGAGAAGGCUUCUACUGAUCACGAUAUGGAUGACGUAAGCUCAAUCACAUCAUCCCAACUGGAGAGGAACGAUGAGCUUCUCAAAAGUCCAGAAAUGCAAGAAACUGCAGGAAUGCCUGAGGAUGCAAUAGAGCAAACGAGCAGUUUUUUCACGUUAUGCUCAUGCAACACGUGAUAAGUAAUCAAAAUGCAAGUUUCUGAUCCUAACAAUAUAAAAAUCUAUAAUCUCAGUGCUGGAAAAUCUCUUCCUGAUUGGCUUUCUGAAAGAAAACGACGAGCUCUUCAAAAGAAAAAUGUUGAUAUUCGGAGAAGAAUUGAACUUAUUCAAGACUUUGACAUGCCUGGUCUCAGCACUACAGUCAAAGUUUCACCUGAUGGACAAUAUAUAUUGGCGACUGGAAUCUAUAAACCACGCGUCAAAUGUUUCGAGGUGCAUAAUUUGUCCAUGAAAUUUGAGAGGUGCUUCGACUCUGAAGUUGUUACAUUUGAACCUAUCUCGGAUGAUUAUAGUAAGUUGGUAUUUCUUCAGGAUGAUAGGUACAUUGAAUUUCACUCAGCUUCUGGGCGUUACUACAGAUUACGUAUACCAAAAUUCGGACAUGACAUGAAAUACCACUUUGCAACAUGUGAUCUCUAUGUAGUUGGCACAAGUUCAGAUAUUUAUAGGCUGAAUCUGGAAAGAGGGCAGUUCAUGAGUCCAUUUACGUCGACUGGCUCAGAGCUCAAUAGAAUUGCAAUCAAUGAGCAUCAUAACCUCGUUGUGGUUGGAACCAAAGAAGGAAAAGUAGAAGCCUGGGAUCCCAGAGCAAGAACUGUAGCCGGGCACUUGGAUUGUGCGUUGAAUUGUGCAUUUGAUUAUGGCAGUCAAAACAGCACGCCGAAUGUGUUUCCGUCGGUGACAGCCCUGAAGUUCGAUGGGCCGCUCCACUUGGGCGUGGGCACUGCAACAGGUCACGUGCUCCUCUAUGACAUCAGGUCGAACAAGCCCUAUCGUGUCAAAGAUCACAUGUAUGGCUUGCCAAUCCGUGACAUCGACUUUCAACAAGGAAACGUUCUCUCAAUGGAUUCGUCUGUUGUCAAAAUAUGGAAUAGAGAAACAGGUGCAUUAUUCACAUCAAUUGAAGCAGGCAGUCUGACCCAGUUCAACAACCUAUGUCUAGUCCCUAACUCUGGUCUCAUGUUUAUAGCUAAUGAAAAUUUGAAAAUUCUUACAUACUACAUUCCAGCCCUUGGUACUGCUCCUCGCUGGUGCAGUUUCCUCGACAACCUCACAGAAGAACUUGAAGAAAGCUCAAUGGAAACCGUGUACGACGACUACAAGUUUGUGACAAAGAAGGACCUCGAGGAGCUUGGCCUUGGCCACUUGAUGGGCACCAAUCUGCUGCGGGCUUACAUGCACGGCUACUUCAUCGACAUUCGACUCUACAGAAAGGCUAAGUCCGUCGCCGAUCCGUUCGCUUACGAAAAGUAUCACCGUAAGAAGAUCAGGGAGAAGAUUGAGGAAGAGCGGGCAAACCGAGUACAGCUCAAGUUUAUGUUGAUGUUACAGGAGGAGAGUGGAAGUGGAGAGAGUGGGAACUCUGAUGACGACGUUUAUAUGGACAGUGGCUCGGAUGAUGACAGAGAAAUGGCCAUCAACUUGAAAAAACAGCAUCGACUAGUCAAGUUGGCUAGAAAAAGGAAAGAGAUGGAAGAAGAAGAGAAUGAAGAUGAUAGCGAUAACGAUGAGACGAAAGCGGCCAACCAACGUAAUUCAUCUCAUAAAUCUGCUUACAGUUUUCGAUCUGGUGAUAGGUUCAAGAAUGUAGUUGGACAGAAUCCAGUCGGAGAAAACAGGUUGAGCUUAGGAGAAAGACUGGGAAAAGGAGAAGCAAGUAGUCAUGGCAGCAACCAGCAAUCAGCAACUGGCAAUCGUGAAAUGACUUUCAGUUUGAAAAAAAAGAACAAGAAGUUGGGCCGAGAACAAGAGAUGGCCAAACAUCAUAUGGAAAGGAAGAAUCUGAUGAGGAAGGGGCCACGGCAUCUUGUUAAGCCCAAAUUCUAUGCUGGCCCUAGACAACCCACCAAAAGACAUUAAAUAUGUACACUACAGUUGCUGUCUUCUAAGAUCUUCAAUAAACUCGAACCUCGCCAUUCUCUCGAGUUGUUUAAAACGAUAACUACUCAAUUUUCUGAUCGUGCCUUAUCCGAGACCUAGCCUUCUGAUGAGAAGGCUUUUCUGUACUAUAAUAAAGGAAAGAAAUGGCUUAUACACGUACGGAAUAGGAAAAUUAUCUUUAACACAUCAUCACGUCUGAACUACUGGACUGAUCAACUUGAAGUUUUCUAUAUAGAUUCUUAAUUAACCAAGGAUGGUUAUAGGCCUAUUUUCAAUUCUUCAAGAUUUCGUUUCGUCAAGUUUUCAAUUUGUCAAGUUUUAAAAUAGACCCUUGUGAAGCAUGGGUUUCCUGCUAGUAUUUAAUAAGUAAUGAUCACAUUUGAAAAUUGUGAACGAACUGUCAAUUCACCUGUGUAGUUUUGCCAUUUAUGACCUUCGACGUCAUUUUUAAAUUUCUCCAAGUGCAACGUUAAAUUGCCCGUCUGAGGAAGGCCGCCAUUGAUUUCCUCUCCUACUGGCGGGUAAUUUGGAAACAGACCCUGAUUCAAGAGGAAACGUAUAUAACCACUCUCGUUGUCGGCAUUCUCUGCAUUGAGUUCCAUUCCAUCGGGAAUAAAUGACGAGCACCCAGAUUCCUUGUCCACCAAAACUACCUUGAAUCUGAAAGCAAGAAAUGAUCUCCAGUCAUUGUAUUAUAUUUACGGUCUUCAUCAAGUUAUUUUUAUAUUUUUCUGAUAUGUUAAAAGGAGUGUGAUUGAAAAAUAUGCUGUUAUGUUGUAUAGCCGUUAUUUACUAGAUUAGGUUGUUUAAAUGAUUAAUACUGUAUAGUCAUUUGUUUGUAUAUGAAAUUCUACAUUUUCAUAGCACAAUACUUGAAAUGUUAUCAAAUAAUUAUUUUUCAUUCUGAUUAUGUUGAAAGGAAAAGGAGUUCUCUUGGAAAAAAAUAUGCUGUUACGCAGUAUCUCCCUAUCUUACUAGAUUAGGAAGUAUGAGGAAGUUUAAAUGAUUAAAUAUAGUCAUUUGUUUGUUUAUAUAAAUUUUUACUUUUCUAUAAUACUGUACAAAAUUUACCAAUACUUUGAUACAAAACUACAAAAAAUGUGCUGAAAGAAAUCGUAAGAAAAUAUUCUAUCAUUGAGGAUAAUGUCUAGUUGUAAAUAUUAGUCUUAACAGAGACCUGAACUUAAUUUAAAUUUAAUAUAAGCUACUAGAUUGUUGAAAUGAAUGCUCUGUGCAAACAAUCUGUUCAAUACUGUGUAAAAAGGGAGUUGGAUAAUGCAAGCUUACCUUUUUCUACACCCAUUGGCUAUAUAUUUAUGUAUUAUGUUUAUAAAAUAGAAUUAUAGUACUCUUUGAAAUCAAUAAAAUAAUAAAACAAGAAUACAAAUUGUAACUACUAGUUUGUAACUACUACAAUUUGUAGUUUGUAACUACUACAAUUUGUAGUAGAAUUUGUUUUAAACUACAACAAUUUGUAGAAAUUUGUAGUACUACUACAAUUUGUUGUAGAAUUUGUUUUAAACUACUACAAUUUGUUUUAUUAUUUUAUUAAUUUCAAAGGGUACUAUAAUUAUAUUUUAUAAAUACAAGAAAGUAGCCCUGAAUUCAUACAUUCUAAAAAUAUGUAUUAUGUAUAUUCGCUCUAUUUAAUGACAUCUCAUUAUUGCUACUACAGCUAUUCUGUUUUUUCAGUUUAAAAUGAAAUAUUAUUUUAUUGCAAUUAUAUAUUAUGUCAAAUAUGUACAAAAAUAUAAUUUUAUUCAAAAUAAAAAUUAUUAUAUUUCCUGUAUA